CACACACACUGCACUACUUGACCCCACAGUACACUAUGACCCCAGUGCUUCAAGGGCUGGUUCUCACAGUCACUUGGGGUUCCUCCCCCUCUAUACCAUGUUCACUCACGUUCAUGAGGGCCCUGUCCCUGUCCUGGUCACACCCCAGGCCACACACACACUCAGUGACCCCAGUAACCCGGGGUCUCACUCACAGUGGGCUGGGGUCACGGUCACCCGUAGCGACCCGGGGUGUCUCCCUCACACAGUCUCACACACACACUCUGCCUGUCACAGACACAGUGAGCCCCUCGGUGUCUCCCCCUCGGCCCAACGUCACCGCCCAGUGUCCGGGCCACACGUUCGCCCUGACUGGGCCGCCUCACGCGCCGUGUCACCACAGUCACGGGCUGACACCGUCUAGAACACCCCCUCCGGCCGCCCCGCGCCGCAGCCACACUGAGGAGCCGCCGUCCCGCCCCGCACCCCGUCCUGGUCUCAGUCCAAGUAUCCCAGGCCGGGGCGUCUCCGGGGCCCGCCGGCUCCUCAAAUUGCAAGUUCCGCCGCCGCCUCCCCAUCACGCACGGUCGGGCCUGGAGCCGCGGCCGGAGAACACACAGGAAAUCUUCCUGCCUGGUUCUCCUGUACACCCACCCCAGCCUCAAUGCUGCCUUGCUGUGUGAUGUUAG